AUGAAUAAAGUGUUUUCAGGCAGCGGCAAGAAAGCCGUUUGUCAGGCACAUUUACCACAUGGCACCGUGCUUUUGUCAGAAUCGUUGGGGGCGGUGUCGCCGAGGAGCGCCAUACUCGUUGGAUGGUCACGGCGCUCCUCACUCCAGCCCAGCUCCAGUCCGCCCUUCUUCUUCGGUUAUUCCGCUCAACGCAUCCUUGCCUCAUCGGCUCACCUUAAGGCUCUUAUUCGCGUCCCUCUUUCGUCCAGAUUCCCUGAAGUGUGCAUGCACCAGAUUCUUUUUGCGACAACAUGCAUGCCAGCCUCCACUAGCGGUGCCACUCUCUCGUCAGCCAGACACAACUUGUGCUGCAACCUGAUUGCCUCCAUCAGCUCCAGCAAUCACUUCGAGCGGAGUAUUCACGCAAACUGGAUUUACGACGAGACGAGAAGAAUCGUGCACUGUCAAAGGCCUGCUGCUACUGCUGCUGCUACUGCAGUAAAAAGCUGA